CUCUCAUUCGAUUGGUGGCUCCCGCCUGCAUCUGCUGGUUCAGCUCUGACUCCCUGCACACGCACGCACACACACAUACACACACUCACACACACACACAUAUAUGCAAGCACGCACACACACACACACAGACACACACACUCCCAUGCUCCCUCUCACACACAGUCUUACACAUACACUACCAGGGGGAUUCCUCCGCCACUGCAGCCUCUGCUCGCUCCACCUGGCUCCUGUCUUCCGCUGUGGGGGGAAAACACGAUCUUAAAUGAUUUUAACUAAAUGGCCGAUGGUUGGAGAUUUGUGCUGAUCCAUCACAGUGCUCCACGAGUAGACGAACACCAGCAGCCUUUAAUCUGGAAAGGAUUUCUCUCUCCGUGCUAAGAGUCUACUAACUGUGUGUAAGGACCACUGGGAGUACAAGAAUCAAGUCAAGGACACGUUCACUCCCACUCAGCUUGCAGGAAGAUGGGAGUAAGAAAAUAAAGAUCUGUGGAAUCGAGAGGAGCUUAAUGAAUUCCAGGGAAUCUUAAAGCGAAUGCUGUGCGUUGGUUUGUGUCCGUGUUAGAGAAUCAGGCAACCAUGUGGACAAUAGCUGCGACCGUCCACUGUCUUCUGGCUUGCUGCCUCCAAUCGGCCGUCGCCACCGAGGACGACGUCCUGCCGCGCAUCAGUUUCCCGUACAAUGCGAAGGAGAGAUCGGCCAAGAGAUUCUCGGCGGACGGCGUUUUCAAUUACACCUCCCUGCUGUUCAGCCAGGAGGACGACAUGCUGUACGUCGGAGCCAGGGAGGCGCUGUUCGCCCUGAGCCUCUCGGACAUCAGCAAGACCAAGCUCCAGAAGAACCUGACAUGGGGCACUCCUGCUGGAAAGAGAGAGGAGUGCAGUUUCAAAGGGAAGAACCUGGAGACUGAUUGCUUCAAUUACAUCAAAAUUCUCCUGCGGCUGAACAGCACUCAUCUCUAUGUGUGUGGCACCUACGCCUUCAGCCCGGUGUGCGCCUACAUAAACACGACGACGUUCACGCUGGAAAGAGAUGAAGUGGGCGAGGUUGUGAUGGAAGACGGGCGCAGCCGCUGUCCCUUUAAUCCGGAGUACAAAUCCACUGCCAUCAUCGUCGAUGGCGAAUUGUACACUGGUACUGUCAGUAACUUCCAGGGGAACGAACCAGUCAUUUACAAGAGUUUGGGUCAGGGAACUGCUCUGAAGACAGAAAACUCCUUAAAAUGGCUGCAAGAUCCGGUGUUUGUCGGCUCGGCUUACAUCGAGGAGAGCCAGCCAAUAGGAAACACUGUGGGUGACGACGACAAGAUUUACUUCUUCUUCAGCGAGGCGGGAAAAGAAUUCGACUUCUUUGACAACACCAUUGUGUCCAGGAUCGCUCGCGUGUGUAAGGGUGAUAAGGGAGGCGAGCGGGUGCUGCAGAAGAAGUGGACCACCUUCUUGAAAGCUCAACUGCUGUGUUCCCUCCCCGACGACGGCUUCCCCUUCAACAUCAUCCAGGACAUGUUUGUCCUGAAGCCCAUGGGAGACAGCUGGGAGAGCACCGUGUUCUACGGAGUGUUCACUUCUCAGUGGUACAAAGGUGCAUCGGGCAGCUCAGCGGUGUGUGCCUUCACCAUGGCCCAGGUGGAAAGAGCCUUCAGUGGGCGAUAUCGAGAGGUCAACAGGGAGACCCAGCAGUGGUACACCUACAACCACCCUGUCCCGGAACCACGGCCCGGGGCGUGCGUGACCAACCACGCCAGGCAAAUGGGCAUCCAGUCGUCCUUGCACAUGCCCGAUAAGGUGCUCAACUUUGUCAAGGACCAUUUCCUGAUGGACAGCGUGAUCCGCAGCUCCCCCCUGCUGCUCAAACGCAGCGUGCGCUACACGCAGAUCGCCGUGCACAAGAUCCAGGGCAUGGAGAGGGCUUACGACGUGCUCUUCAUCGGAACAGAUGAUGGAAAGCUCCAUAAGGCCAUCAAUGCCAAUGAUAAGAUGCACAUCAUAGAGGAGAUGAUUCUGUUUAAGGAGCCUCAGCCCGUGCAGCACAUCGAGCUCGAUCCUCAGAGGGGUUUGUUGUUUGUGUCUUCGUACUCGGGCCUGGUGGAGGUUCCUGUGGCCAACUGCUCCAACUACCUGAGCUGUGGGGAGUGUGUGUUAUCCAGGGACCCCUACUGCGCCUGGACCGGGCGUCUGUGUCAGGACGUCAGGAUGGCGCCACCUGACAGCCACUGGCAGCAGGACGUGGAGGAGGCUGACACAUCAGCGAUUUGUAACAGGACCUCUCCCAUCCCCAGAUCUACCAGACCAGCAGCUUCUCGAGGCUCCCAUUGCCAGCUCAUCAUAAUCCCAGCCAACACAUUCAGAGUCCUGCCUUGUAAGCGGCGGUCCAACCUGGCAAAGAGGAGGUGGCGUUACAGUGACAGCGCCAGCCAGUUCCUCUACGCCACCCCGGAGGGAAACCUGGUAGUGGUGGCUCAGUCCGACAGGAUGGAGACCUACGAGUGCUGGUCAGAAGAAGAGGGCUUCCGCCAGCUGUUGGCCAACUACUGCGUGAAGGCAGAGCCCCGCCAAGAGAGCACGACUCUGAUUGGUCACUCACGCACGCCCCACAUUACGCGGGAGGAGACCAUCAUCCUGCCCGGCGAGUCCCGUUCUGAGCAGGUCCACACCAAGACGUACUGGAACGAACUGAUUGUGGUGUGCGCUCUGCUGGCCUUCUCCCUCGUCGUGUUCUCCUUGUUCGUCAUCUACAGGAACCGCGACCAUAUGAAAUCCAUGCUGAAGCAGGGCGAGUGCCCCAACAUGCAGCAGAAGAAGCCGAGGAUAGUGGGGAAGCCCACCGAGAGCUUACCCCUCAAUGGUAACACCAUCCCUGUUUCCACUUCAGAUCACAAGGGCUACCAGACGUUAAAUGACAACUACAUCUGCAGCACACCCACACACGAGUCAUCACCAGACAACAGCAAGAGCUUCUCAGAGUCGUCCGACAAGCGGCCGCUCAACUUAAAGGAGAGCCAUGUGGAGUACUCCCCAACCUGUCCUCGGCCCAGAGUGAGACUAGGCUCAGAGAUCAAAGACUCUAUAGUUUGAGAGCGCUGCAUUCGCUAAACAGUGACAACCUGCAUCUCCAUGAGGGAUACAGGCCACCAUGCAAAGGAGAGGAGACCCUGACAUCCUCCUACAUCACAGCACAUCUUUUAUUUUAGUCAUCCUAGUCCUGUGAUCAGUGCGGAGGUCAUUUUGCUAAACCAUUUCCACUCCGAAGCCAGCGGUUGGUCCGGUUAACUGUGUAAGUCAGCGAGCAAAAGCAGCACAACACUCUGGUUUUAACCAGGAUCACGAAUCAUGGCGGCUGCUAAGGACAAUUAUAACACAGUCUUUAUUUGAGUCAUCCUCAUGGCCACUAACACCAAAUGUGCGUGAGCACAGGGCUGUGCAAAAGAAUAAAAAUGAAUCAAUAAUCACAAAACUCUGCUCCAGUAUCGAUAUUUCUCCCAGCAGAUGUCCAUCACAUCAUAUCAUUACCGCAGAUAAUCUGUGCUGAUAUUUUACCCAGCCCUCAUAGAAUAAACUUGCACAUUACCUGCAGAAGGUGGCUGCCACAUUGCAGCUAUUAUGCACUCGCCACAGUUACAUGGUGACCAAGAGUUCAGGUUUAGGUGAAUAUAAUACAUGUAAUACAUAUCCCUUAUGAUCCACACAUCCUGGGAGAAAGUCAGAAGCACAUUUGUCCCCUUCUUGUGAAUAAAAUUCAUGGCUGCAUGAGGAUAAAUGUGAUGAAAGAAGAGGUAGAGCAGGAGAAUGGUUGGAAACAUAGGAGCCACAAUGAAAAGGACUGCAACAUGAUGAAAAACGAUCAAAAGGCGUAAUUAUUAAUUAUGCUUCACGGCCUAAAUAAUGACUUUUACCUCCUGAAUGUAUGUUCUCGGAAGAAGGUCUGUUUCACUCACACAGAAUCGCACCCUGGACAAUUUGCGAGCAUUUCUGCCCACCUGAGAAAGACUUCAGUAUCGACCUACAGGAGUGGGCUAACAAAAUGGACUGAGACGCAUAAGCCUGUUUUUCUGAGGUGAAGUGGUUGGGGGGAGGGUGAGGGGAGACCUGACUUUACAAAUGCAGAAAGGCAAGGCAACAGAAGAGGGGACAUCCACAUCUCCACCAUGUUCAGGGCAGCACCGAGAUCAUCAUGUGCGCUGUGCCAAAUAACAAAGAUAACUUGAUUGUCUGAUCUAAAUGCAAUAGUGCCAUUCUGUCAUGACCACUCCCAUCUCAUGCUUUGUGUUAGCAUUGAUCACUGUCAAAGAGCACAUGGUGAUGGACCCAGGGUUGGGUUUCACAAAACGUAUUGUGGCACUAAUAAUAACAAAAUGUGAAGUGCAAAGUUGGGAACUUCUCUAAGACUGUUAGCUCAAAGCAGACGUUACACACUGCGUUGAGCAAAAUAACUGACCUUUGUGUACAAUUUGUACUGGGGCCAAAGGACAUGGCUUGGAGAUGACUUGCCAUGUGUUUGUCAGGUGAGGAAAUAUUCCAGUUUGUUACUGCUUCUUACUGAGGCGUACAGGUAAAACUGCUUGGAGACAAUUGAGGGUGACGGGCGCUGACAGUACAAACCUUUUGGUUAGUGCUGAUGAAAGAGUCACAGAGCACCUAAUAACUAAUGUCGCUGUAGGAGGGGAGAUGUUUAAGAUAUUUAGUGGUCUCCCACCCAGACUGCAGCUGCACAGUGUAGUGAGGCAGAUACACAGAGCCCCCAACACCAGGUUACAUCUUACAUACUCACCAGUCAGAGGUCAAGGUCACGUUAAUGUGAAAGCACAAGUAAUCAGGGUGUUGAAUACUUACAUGUUUGCACAUUUCAGUAAAACGCAUGUUCUAAGAAAUGCAACUACUGAGACAGAAUGUGUAGCUGCUAAGGAAAACAAUUUUCGGAAAUCAGUCAUCACAGGGACCAGUGCAGCCAUCGCGAACACUCUUGCGCCCGCAUCGCUUCGACUUUUGAGACUUAUCAAGCAGAAUUUUCCAAAGACGCAGAAAGCCGAUAGUGUUGAACUGAACGACAAACAUAGGGACAACAUGGCACCAUAUGUCUUAGAGUACAUCACCAGUUCACUGUAUUGAUUGACUAAGCCUACAGUAUAAUAUAUUCCAGUAUCGUACAGAUCAACAUUUUGCUAUUUCGAACACUGAGCAGAUGAUGAAAUGCUAUGUAACUGCUACAAGGUGACAAAGUAACUGCACAGCAUACCGCGCAACAGUGGUCAGUGUUUCCUUUUUCAGUUUUGUUGUGUAUAUAGAGUACCUGUGCUUAAUAUUGUGUGUUUUUAAGGGACCUUGUGCAAGAUGUGUUGUAGAUAUAGUCUUGAAACUAGAGUGAACACUGCUGAUGUUAUUAUUUUUUCCCAUAGUGCUUUACUGCCUACUUCAGCAUCCAUUUCAUUGUGCUGUUAAUUCAGCACCUGGACUGGUUUUCAUCAAGCACGUCAAAGCAGGUGAAAUAUCACUUUUUAUUUUUGUGCUAUACCAAUUUUAAGUGAUAGUUUGACAUCGAAAGAAAUGGGCUUCUAUGACCUGUAAGUCUGACAACACUUUCAUGUCAGCAUGAUGAAUAUGAAGCUAUGACACACAGCUGCUUAGCUUAGCUUAGCUUAGCUUAGCUUAGCUUAGCAAAGUGAAACUGCUUGUCUAGCCUUGUCCAAAUGUAAUUUGCACAGAAACUCCCCUUGAGGUAGCUUAUCAACCAAAUAAUUGAGAAAUGUUCAUCCUUCAAAUUGAACCGUUGAGCUUAUGGUUACAACAUGGUUAGUCGCGUACACAAAGUGCUUAGCGCUCAAGUGGUAACCUCAAGUUGGGAGAACACCCACUACUAGACAACUUGGCAAAUAGAAGCCGCUCCGGCUAACAAACCAGACCUUUGGGAAUAUCAACCUCAGACAUAUUAUAAUAUUUCCACACACACAAUGAAUGCUUGCUUUUAUGAAGUUAUUGUUACCUGUGGAAUAAAUCAUCUUUUUUUGGUCUUAUUCCCCUAACCUAAGCAACAUAUUGAUAACCAAUGUAAGUCAAAUUCUUAGUGAAGAGCAUUGUUCCUCACACUACCUGUUUUUUUUUUUUUUUUUGUUUAUUUAUUUUUUUUUUUUUAACCAAAAAACGUUUCAUUGAACCUGCUUUGAGGUGCUUGGUGGGUAAACUUACAACAUAAAAUGCCUUUAGAUAUCAAGUUAUUCUGCCUUUAGCCGUGUGCCACAUUGUACACCACCCAGCAAUGAGCAUACCAACAGAAACGUGGUGAAUGACGCGAUUGUAGUCCUUGCUGGGCACGCUUAACUCCACAUCACUACACGGGUCCAUAGUAGAUCUACAGAGUCACCCAAGUUACCAUUAACUUUGCCUGCAAACAAUACUGGGAGCUGCUCAAAAUUGUGUACCAUUCUGCAGUCUUUGCUAAUGUAAAAAGUGAAACUGAACUCAUGGAAAACUCAAAGUCAAUAUUUAACAAUAAUAUUACUUCUUAAAGAUGUAAAGAAAAGCUGAUGUUACAGUUUGGCCUUACCAAUUAAUAAUCACUAAAAGUAUUAAUACUAUCAUGGCAUGACAAGCUUUUUUUAUUUAUGAGAAGCAAACCAUAGUGGCAUGGUAAAAGUCCUUUUGAGCAGCUACUCUGUAAUGCAACAUACUGUAAUGGAUAUGAAUGUAGCCAACUAUAUAUUUGUAGAACAUCUACAGCAGUCUAUUUUCCUAAAAUGGCUUAAGUAGGCAAUCCAUUGCAACAUCUCUUCGGGAUUCAGUUUAAAUUGUCAUAACAAAGACACAGCACAGUAGUAAGUAAUGGAUCAUCUGUGCUGCAUGAUGUAGUACUGCAGUGAGACGCGAGUACAGGCCCAAAUCCUCUGUAUCGACUCAAACAUGAGACACAGCGACAGCUUUGCCUCGGCAUACUCGACACCAUAAGCUUAGUUGACUGAAUAACUAUUAGACAAAUGUGGUCUUGCCUGCAUGAUUUCUUUUUUUAGUUGUUGUGUACAAAUAACAUUGUGAACUGUAUUUUUUGUAUCAUUGAGAUUGUGACUGUUGUUUUUAUUAUAUUGUACAUAAAAAGCACUUUAUUUUAAUUUUUUAAGAUAAAUGAAUAAAAUACAUGUUUUGACA